CCAGGAGGAGUAAGUGCGGUGGCAGUGAGGAAAGCCAACAGCAGUGGAGCUUCUGGUGGAAUCUAUUUUGGCUGGUGGCGCUGCUGCCGGAUGGGAGUGCCCGGGCACACGCACCAUGUCAUCAUGCAUCUCUAGCCAGCCCAGCAGCGACCGGGCCGUCCUCCAGGAUGAGCUGGGGGGUGCGGGCAGCAGCGGCAGCGAAGGCCAGAAGCCCUGUGAGGCCCUGCAGGGCCUCUCGUCCCUGAGCAUCCGCCUGGGCAUGGAGUCCUUCAUCGUGGUCACCGACUGUGAGCCGGGCUGCGCGGUGGAUUGCGACCUGGCCCGGGGCCGGCCCCUGGAGGCUGAUGGCCGAGAGGUGCCCCUCGACGCCUCCGCCUCUGGGUCCCAGGCUCGGCCCCAGCUCUGCGGGCGCAAGCUCUCUCUGCAGGAGCGGUCCCAGCUGGACGCGAACGGACGCUGCGUCCCCCCCGCCCUGCCCCACUCACCCGUGGGCUCCCCGCAGUCGUCGCCGAGGCUGCCCCGGAGGCCCACGGUGGAGUCCCACCACGUGUCCAUCACUGGCUUGCAGGAUUGUGUACAGCUGAAUCAGUACACACUGAAGGAUGAAAUUGGAAAGGGCUCCUAUGGCGUGGUCAAGUUGGCCUACAAUGAAAAUGACAAUACCUAUUAUGCGAUGAAGGUACUGUCAAAAAAGAAGCUGAUCCGACAGGCAGGCUUUCCACGUCGCCCCCCGCCCCGAGGCACCCGGCCAGCCCCAGGAGGCUGCAUCCAGCCUAGGGGCCCCAUUGAACAGGUGUACCAGGAAAUUGCCAUCCUCAAGAAGCUGGACCACCCCAAUGUGGUGAAGCUGGUGGAGGUCCUGGAUGACCCCAAUGAGGACCAUCUGUACAUGGUGUUUGAACUGGUCAACCAAGGGCCCGUGAUGGAAGUGCCCACCCUUAAACCACUCUCUGAGGACCAGGCCCGUUUCUACUUCCAGGACCUCAUCAAAGGCAUAGAGUACCUACACUACCAGAAGAUCAUCCACCGGGACAUCAAACCGUCCAACCUGCUGGUGGGAGAAGAUGGCCACAUCAAGAUUGCCGACUUUGGCGUGAGCAACGAGUUCAAGGGCAGUGAUGCGCUUCUCUCUAACACCGUGGGGACACCCGCCUUCAUGGCACCUGAGUCGCUUUCAGAGACCCGGAAGAUCUUCUCUGGGAAGGCUUUGGAUGUUUGGGCCAUGGGUGUGACGCUGUACUGCUUUGUAUUUGGCCAGUGCCCGUUUAUGGAUGAGCGGAUCAUGUGUUUACACAGUAAGAUCAAGAGUCAGGCCCUGGAAUUUCCAGAUCAGCCUGACAUAGCUGAGGACUUGAAGGACCUGAUAACCCGCAUGUUGGACAAGAACCCAGAAUCAAGGAUUGUGGUGCCAGAAAUUAAGCUGCACCCCUGGGUCACGAGGCACGGGGCGGAGCCGUUGCCAUCGGAGGACGAGAACUGCACGCUGGUCGAGGUGACCGAAGAGGAGGUCGAGAAUUCGGUCAAACACAUUCCCAGCCUGGCGACCGUGAUCCUGGUGAAGACCAUGAUACGGAAACGCUCCUUCGGGAACCCGUUUGAGGGCAGCCGGCGGGAGGAGCGCUCAUUGUCAGCGCCUGGGAACCUGCUCACCAAAAAACCAACCAGGGAGUGUGAGCCCCUGUCUGAGCCCAAGGGGACAAAAAAAAAAAGACUUGACUCCAUGACAUCGACCUUGGCCGCUGGCUGGCUGAAUGGGCAGGUGUGAGGAGUUGCAGACCCAAAGCCACAUGCAUUUUGGGACAAUUGCUUUUUAAAACGUUUUUAUGCCAAAAAUCCUUCAUUGUGAACUCAGAACCAUGUCAGAUAUACCAAGUGAAUGUGUGUGGGGUUUGGAAAUCAUGAAAAACUGCAGAAAACUCUGGUGGUAUGGGCUGAGACCACAGAGUUAGUUGCUGCAUUUGAAAGAGAGAGGAAGAGAGGGUGUAAUUCCUCCUGCAAACCCUAAAACCCCCAAACUCCAAGCCAGUGGCACCUUCCAGGACUGUGGACUCACGGAGUCAGGGUGAGGACAGCCCUCAGUAGCUGCAGGGAGCUUUGAUGUAACUUAUUUGUAAGAAAGUCUAAAUUUUUUUUAAUGGGUAGAAUUGUAGUCAGGUGAAGGGAAAGGGCUUGAAGCUUAAUUGCUUCGCAAAGGGGGAUUUUCCACCCCUAGAAGGGCAUUUCUUGGUUGUUUGGGGAUGGGGGAGAGGGUCCACCUAAAAGACUGAUGGUCACUCGCAGCAGGUUCCUGAACUAGUUAACUGAGCUCUGGUAAAUCUCUUGUUAAAUUAAAAAAACUUCAGGGUGAAAUCCUACACUUCCAUGUACAUUACAUGGCUUAAGAGUAAACAAAAUAUUUCCAGUUCUCUAACAAGACUGAACUCUAGAGUAGUUCAGGGGUCAUUUCGAGCUUCCAGGAUUCGCUCCCCGGCUUCAGGCAUGUUAGAUCCGAGUUAGAGCCUCUGCCUGUAUAUUAGCAAUUUACCUUGUUUGUAACCUGUGUAUUCUAGAGACACCGAGAUUCUGUUUUCUUAAAUACUAGCUGAUUGUUGUAGUCUGAGUCUGUGAAACACUUCGUUUCUGGGGUCCAGUCAGGAAAUACUAUGAUUCUCAUCCUUACAGGCAAAGCUCUGUUAGGAUCUACCCAAUAACUUGGGGGCACCCUUUUAGAGAAGAUUGUUGAAACCCAGUGCAGUCCUCAGGGUCCAGGGGGACCCGGGCUUGGCACCGGGAGUUUUGUUUUGUAGCUAGAAGUCCAGACAGAGGUUUACCUUUUUGGCUUCCAACUGAUACUGGGAACUUUCAUUGCUGUUCAAGUGCAACUUUUUCCAGAGCCACACACGGGUGAGUGUGAAGUUCAUGGGGGAAGAAGACUGGAAGGCCUUUGCCCUGGGAAAUUCCCAGUGCUUUGUGGACUCUGGCUUGGGGGAAAGAGCAUCAGUAACUGGGCUCAGAGGCCGUGCUUUUCUGUGGUUUCUGUCUGAUCAUUACUGGUAGGAGGACUUUUUGCAGAGAGACACUGAAGCAAGGCCUUGUUCCUGGCCUUGCCCAGUGGAACCUGAGUGUUCUUGGCUUCCACACAUCUUCGUAAGCUCUUGACUGUCAUUUAUUUAGCCAGACUUUUCUUGCUGUCUCACAAACAGUACAGAAUUAGGGAAGGCUGGUUUCUAAGAGCAAAGGACACCUGUCAGAUGAAGGGGUGUCUGUCCUGCUUACUUUCUUCUUUGUAACCUGGUACUUCCUCUUGCAUUCCUGCGCUUGUGUUUAUAUAUAUGGGCAGCACCCCUUCUGGGAGCAGAUAGGGUCUGGUUAGUUUGCAAUAAGCGCUUUGCAGUAAAGUCAACGUCUCCUUAGUCCCAGCCUGUCUGUGUGGACGCUGGCCUGGCCGAGUGGCCCGCCUGGGGAGGGCGGGCAGCAUGUGGAGCUUCUGCAUUCUAGAACUUCUGUGUUUACACAGCUCCAUCAGGCAAGACCGUUUCUUCCACCACGAAACUCCCCGUGUCGGAUUUCCUCCUAUGUGUAAUUCUGGCUGUUGAGGUGGGUGGGAGGCCCAUAUUCAUAACUUUUUUUUUUCAAAGAAUCACCAAAGAAAGCUGUGGGAAGGAAUCACUACCCCCAGAAAAUAUAAGCAGAGGGCCUACCAUAAAGCGGUAGAACUACCAUUCUCGUGGGGCACAAACAGUGAUUUUUUUCGAAGCUGGCUCUGUUGGGAAAGAGGAGAAGCUGCCACGGGCAGCUUUUCCAGGUGAGCCAAAGGAUGCUCCAUCAGUUUUUUCCAUUGCUGGGGGACCAAUUUGGUAUAAGCAACCUGCGGCCUGCACAAGUUCUUGCUCCUCCUUCUGCCCUCCUCCACAUCCCCCAUCUCUUCCAUGGGCUUACUGGGGACUCCCAGAAAGCUUUAGCUAGCCCCUUGUUGGCUCUGGGGGCUGGAGAGGCUGGCUUCCCAGGGUCUGGCCUUUCCUGUGAGUUAGGGCUCCCAUCCUAAAAGCCCCUCUGGAGCGAGGAAGCAGAUACCUGAGCGUUUAGACCCAUAGGCUCAACCUAUUGCUCUUACUCAUCUUCCAAAGGGGAGCUUUGCAUUGCUGGGUGGGGAAGAACCAUGACCUCCACUUGCUUCCAAGGUGCUAGGGAAUGUUUCAAGGUCGCCGGUUCCCAUUGUCUUCACAGCUUUAAGGGCCAAGUUCUGUGGGACUGCUGUUUUCUAUUCUGUGUUUGAUUUAAUGCCCGAUGCUUCUGUUUUAUUCCUGAUCCUUUCUACUAUGCAUUUUCUUUUUAUCAGGUGUACAAAGUUAAAUACUGUGUAUUUAUCACUUAAAAAGUACAUGAACUUAAGAGAAAAAUAAGCCUUUGGUGUUUUUUCCACAGAUGUUUAAGCUUCUCUGUAAACUUGAAAUAAACAGAAAAAUGGUGCAAA